AUGGCGGCGAAAGCGCCCCAGCCUACCGCCACCUGCUCGGAGGUAGAGCAGGCGUGGCUCGAAGCCGGUCAACGAGGUGAUACCAAGACGAUGGAAAAGCUUUUCAAAACGCAUCCCAAGUGGCUCGCGCUCGAUCGCGUCGCUACAACGUCUAGCUCUCGACACGUCGACGAUAGCGACGAGGCUCCGUCGUUUUGCGAUUGGGACGGGUUUUACCUCCCUACGGUGGGGGCAUCCACGCUCCACGCGGCUGCUUGGAACGGUAGCUACUACGUCUUGAAGUUCUUGCUGGACCAGGGCCAGGCCGUAGACGAGAAAGACCAUCGCGGAGUGACGGCGCUAAUGGCAACGCUCAUGCGGCACAAUGUCCAAACGUUGCGCGCGGUGUUUCAGGGAACUGCAGUCGUGCAGCUCAAUACGGUCAUGGAUUGCCGUAAGGAAGAUGGUGAGCGACUGAACCAUGCGCUGAGCGUUGUAAAGCUGCUACUUCGCCACGGCGCGGAGACGGAGGCGCGUGACCACGACGGCAAGACAGCGCUAUUUUUCGCCACCAAUGACGAGCUACUUGACAUAGCGAGUCUGCUCUUGAAGAAUGGAGCGCGUAUGGAUGCUCAGGAUUUCACUGGGAGGUCUCCGCUCCAUGUGUGUCUACGAACGUUUCCCGAGCAGAGUGUAUUGGUGACAAACUUGCUACUUUCUCGUGGUGCGCCAAUUGAUCUCCCGGAUAAGGAUGGCGAGACCCCGUUGACGAUUGUCGUUCGACGUGGAGAUAUUACAGCGCUACAAUUACUUUUGAACCACCACUCCCUCGUUGCUACGCCCACGCGACAGGACUUUGCUGGUGCUAUGCUGCUACAGGCCGCGGAGCUUGGAAUUGUCGAUACGGUUCGCUUCCUGCUAGACGGCAACUACACGAGCAUCGACGUCGUCAAUGCCCGAGGUGAGACAGCGCUCCAUUUAGCAAUUGUGAAGCAAUACGAACAGCUUGUUGAAGUCCUCUGCGCUUCGAGAUCUGCUGAGCUACUGCUCGAUAUUCGAACGCAAGGAAGAAAGGAGUCUGUGCUGCAUUACGCUGCGCGCUACGGAGUACCGUCGGUCAUGCACUCUGUGUUGUCGCUGAUGGGAAAGGAAAGAGCUCAAGAAGUUAAUCUUUCGAACGCUGCUGGAUGGACCCCAAUGUAUCUCGCAACUACAGCCCUUAGCGCCGGAUCGCCACAUGAACGUCACGCUAAGGUCGCACUGCUUGACAAACUGGGUGCGUCGCUGUUUUCGUCCGAGAUGCGCCUUUUUCAGUCAACCAAGUGUGGCAGUACUGUCGAGCUCACAGCAAUGUGUCCCGCUAUACAACGCGCUCUAGCUUUGUGGCUACCUGAGUGCAGCGCCACAUCGCCCACAGCCAUGUCUGCUUUCUGUAUAAAUUGGUUGGCAAGCGUUCAGCUUUCUCGCACUCGUACAAAGCAGGAUGACAGCGUCCAAAUACAAGGGCGUGCAGAGGAACACGCUGGAGCAACUACAAAGCUAGUGACCGAAGUAGCCAUGAAGGAACAGGCCAUGCCUGCUCGUCCGUCUGGUCAUUUGGGGCCGACGCUUACUGCGCUCGUCUGUGCUGGGUAUGUUGUUGACACCGUUCCGCUGCUGCUGACGCUACCAAUGAAACGUGAAGCAGUACCACGUGUUCUUGGAUUGCUGAAGACUCUGGCAACUGAGUCAAAGCACGUACUGUUGCACAAGCUGCAGCUAGAGCUUCUGGCUGCUUGGGAAGUCAAGAGCGACGAAAGUAGUCGCCAAUUGGCUGGCGCGCUCCAAUAG